UCUCGCGUGUACUUUCGAGAGUUCAUUACAUCAUGGAUGCUUACAAGGUUGAAACCUGACGGACCAUUUAAACAGACCACAAAGAUUUGUUGGACGCAAUCUGUAACUGUGUCAAUGGUUGCCGGAGAGUAGAAAUGUCUGGAGUAGUACGUAGAAUGGAAGAAGUCGAUCAGAGGGGGCAGGGGGAUAUUGGGGGGAGUGCUAGGAACAUGGGAAAUGGAGGACACAACCAGCGCUCACAUUUACAGUUUUUUGGUCAAGCCAAGAAACAGAUCAAUGACAUCUUCAAAGAGAUUGGAGAAUAUGUUCAAGAGACAGACAAGUUUGUUGAUGAGAUUAGAACCAGCUCUCAAGAGAUCCUGCCAGCAGAUGUUAGUGCAAAGGUCAAGGGCUAUAAGGAGAAAGUUCAGGGCAUCCGAGAAGUUAUACAGAGGAAACACAUGAAAGUUGCAUUUUUUGGAAGAACUUCCAAUGGAAAGAGCACCGUCAUCAACGCCAUGUUGCGAGACAAGAUUAUGCCGAGUGGGAUUGGCCACACCACUCACUGCUUCAUCCAGGUGGAAGGGUCUGACUCCACAGAAGCCUGUCUUCUCACUGAGGAGUCCGACCAACCCAAGAACCUCGGGUCAAUCAAACAGUUGGCCCACAAUCUGAGUGAUCAGAGACUCAAGUCUAACUCUCUUAUUCGGAUCAUGUGGCCCAAGGAUAAGUGUCGCCUAUUGAGAGAGGAUGUGGUGUUUGUAGACAGCCCUGGCAUCGACGUUGACCCUGACCUUGACUCCUGGAUCGACCAGUUCUGUCUGGAUGCAGAUGUGUUUGUGCUGGUGGCCAAUGCAGAGUCCACCCUGAUGCAGACAGAGAAGAACUUCUUCCACAAAGUGAGCUCUCGCCUUUCGAAACCCAACAUCUUUGUACUCCAAAACCGCUGGGAUGUGUCCGCUAUGGAGGAGGAUGUGGAAGAUGUGAGGAAGCAGCACAUGGAGAGGAACAUUGAGUUCUUUGUGGACGAGCUGAAGGUGGUUGACAAGAAGACAGCCGAGGACCGAGUGUUCUUUGUGUCAGCUCGUGAGGCACUGGUUUCCAGGCUGCACCAGGACAAAGGAACGCCUACCCCCAGUGGUGUAUUGCAGGAUGGGUUUCAAAUACGACUUUUCGAAUUUGCGAAUUUUGAAAACCAAUUUGAGCAAUGCAUCUCCAAGUCUGCUGUGAAGACCAAGUUUGAGCAGCACACUGAGAGGGGCAAGUCCAUCACAUCCGAUGUCAGGGGAAUCAUGGAGCAAGCCUUCAACACAAGUCUGCAGCUGAACGACAGGAAGCGAGGGGAUGAGCUGGACUUCCUGGUGAAGCAGCUGACCUUGCUGACCAACGAGGUGAAGGAUAAGAUCAAGGCUAUGGUGGAAGAGGUGGAGAGGAAGGUGGGCACAGCACUGAGUGAGGAGAUCCGCCGCCUGUCCCUCCUGGUGGAGGAAUAUGACCACCCCUUCCAUGCUGACAACGUCACUCUCAAACAUUACAAGAAGGAGUUGCAUGCACAUGUAGAGGAAGGGUUGGGACGUAACCUGCAGGCACGCUGCUCGGCGGCUUUGUUGCAAGGCGUGGAAACUACUGAAACGGAUAUGACAGACCGAUUGUCAUCAAUUCUCCCAGAAGAGACAAGGCAAGUGCUGUAUAAUCUCAUUCCAAAGAGGGAUUUUGAGAUUGCUUACAGACUUGACUGUCGGAACCUAUGUGCGGACUUUAAAGAGGACAUUGAGUUCAAGUUUUCCCUCGGCCCCACCAGCCUUAUUCAAAGGCUUCUGGGAGGCAAAAGUGCGAGGUCAGCUUUAAUGGGGACUGCUGGAAGUUUGGGUCGGACAUCCAAUUCCAGCGAAGCUGACCGAUCGCAGCAAGAUGAGAUGCUGGCGUCCUUACUCACUACAUUUGUGUCGUUGUCAUCGCGGACAACAUUGGGAGCUGUUGCAGUAGCAGGAGUGUUGACGAAGGCUGCUGGGUGGCGUGUGAUAGCCGUGUCUGCAGCACUGUACGGCCUGCUAUACCUGUACGAGAGACUCACCUGGACGAGCAAGGCCAAGGAGAGGGCUUUCAAGCAGCAGUAUGUGGAGUAUGCCAGCAGCAAACUGAAACUCAUUGUGGAUCUCACCAGCUCCAACUGUAGCCACCAGGUUCAGCAGGAGCUGUCCUCUACCUUUGCGCGACUGUGUCACCAGGCAGACAGCACCAAGCACCAGCUGCAGGAGGACCUCAAGCAGCUGGAUGUCACCAUCUCACAGCUGAAGGACAUCUCUGGAAAGUCCAAAUCCCUAAGGAACAAGGCUGACUGGUUGGACGGAGAACUGAACACAUUUGUUGAAAAUUACUUGAAGCAGUCUAGUGUAUGAUAAGAAGGAAUCUAACCAGCGGAACCCUGACAGUGAAGAUACUAAUGCCCAGCUCUUUAAGACCAGCCUAGUGUGUCUGGGUAACUCUCUGAACCUUGGACAGUACAACUGAGCAUGUGGUGAACUCAUGGUGCGAAUACAGCUCCGAAGGUUGUAUAGUUCGCUGAGACUUUUCAGCCAUUGGAAGCUGAUCACUGGAAAGCUGAUUGUUUUCUCUGAGCCUCUUACAACCCCAGAAUCUUGUACACUUAACAUUUAUACAUCUGGUACAAAUACAAGCUGCUGAAACAGACAUAUGUACAAUCCUAAGUCUUGUACUCGUACAAGUAAAGGCUACUGCUCUGUGUCUGUUAUCUACACAGGAGGACAUUCAGGCUGCAGGUGGUGUACCUGUAGUGAUAAGGACAAACAGGACAAUGGUUAGCUGUAUUCAAAAAAGAAUUCAGGAUGAUGAUAAACACAAGUUACACAUAGAUGGGGAAGGAGAGAAACAUAAAUACAUGUGGAAGUAGUCCGAACUAAUUAUAUAUCAGCAUAUUCUAAGAUAAGCAUAAAUUCAAACUUUGCAAUUGUUUCUGAUGAGUGACAUUAGGACCUUCUUCAUCUUGACAUUAUUAUCUAGAUAUUCAGAUUUUCUAUUGAACCAUUCUUCAUUGCAGGUGAUGUACUUAUGGUAACAGGGUUAAGUUGUCCUUUACAUAACUGUUCUUGAUUGCUGGACUAAAAUGUUAUGAAGUUUCAAGUAGAUUUUGACCACUGUAAAUGAAUAUAUGUUUGCAGAUGAUGAAGGCAGACCAAUAAUAAUGUGUCACAGACAGAAUCUCUCUUGUUCUCUUCAUUUUAGUUAUGAUCCGAUGUUAAUGUCGACCCUUGGAUGCUAUUCUACACAUCGGUUAAUGAGACAUCCAAGGAGCUCUUCAAGAACUAUCGUUUCUGAAUAGUUACAAGUGCCUCGCCUUCAUCAGUAACUUGCGCAGUGAUAGAUUUAGGAUUUCGGACAAAGUGGCUUUGGCAAGCAGAUUGGGAACAUAAUUGUUAUUUUAUUCAUAUUUGAAUUGUUUUGGGGUCUCAUUUUGCUUAUUUUCAGGGGUCUUUUAAUUUGAUUUCAUUACAGUAAUAUAAAAUUUAGUCUCUUCCUUCAUUUGUUUCUGUUAUCAGUGGAAUAAAUUGAAUACAUGAAAUAGAAAUUUAUUAAUUCCAGUGUGUUAACUUUUACUGACAAUUGCAGCAGACUAUGGGAUAAAUAUUGAUCUGGGAGCAGAUGUAGAUAAAAUGCUUUCUUGCAUGAUAAUUUGAGGUCGUCCGAGAAGGCUUCCUGAAGCUAUUGCUGAGAUAUGUGCAUCAGGACAGGGGGAAUGUCGUGCUGUGACAGUUGAUGUUGUUAAUACUAUGGGAGUUUGGUUGGAGGCUAUGUUAGGUUCGCAUCAUGCAGCUGGGAAAAGAUCUUGAUACUGAUAUGGACACAGGAGAUACUGUUGAAUGUUUUUAGGAGGGAAGGGUGUAAGAGCGUGUGUGACAAAACAGUUUGUAACAAAUAUGCUGGUCCUCUGGCAGAUGACAGGUAAAAAUUAUCAGGACCAGUACUUCAUGAAUUGUUGUGGUCUGACUUGCCAGAGAUGACCCAAAUGAUUAGAAGCAGUUGAAUGUUAAAUGCCAGGCCAUAUGUUUUGUUACCUAAGGUUAUUAUGUGUGAUAAGCAAUCAUUAAGAGGAAUGAUAAUUAUUUAAGACUGAUGUUUUUAGUUGCCUAACAAAUAUUCUAAGAGACAAGAGUCAGUGUCUGUGGAACUGUCCUGAUGCCAGUCAGAGAAACACAUAUUUACCAGUACUGAAUGCUGCAAGACUUUUGAAUUGAAUUACUCUUGAAUAUCUUGAAUAUACGGCUUUAAUCUGUAGUUAAUAUACUGUGUAGCUUUAUAACGAUACUGACACCUUCAUGGAGAUUAUAUGCAGACUUAUUGUGUAAUAAUAUGAUGUAUCCUAAUGUUUUUGUUUAUCAUAAUGCAUUGAGCAUAUUAGCCUGAGACAUAUUGUGAGCAGUCUUGAACUAUCUAAACUACGGUUAUUUCAACCUAUGUAAUAAGAAAGUUUGUAGAGAGCAAUUUGGGCCUACCAUGAACUUACAUACUUCACAUAUCAGAAACUUGUCCAAAACUGGGUUUACAGACAGAAUGACCAUGAACAUCGGAUAAGAUGAUUUGCCUAAAAGCUGCAAUAGAUUUUCCUUUGACAAAAUCCUACUACCUUUUGUGAAUUCAUGAAAGUAAUUUCCAGUUUCAGCAAGACUUGAGUUUUCAGUCAGAAAGACAGUUUGUUUGUGUUACCUGUGUCAGGUUGAAAUAUUCCAUGCCUGAUUUCUGUCUGAGGUUGUCAGAGAUCAAGAAAAGCAAGGUGUAUAACCUGUAUGUCAGCUAAGGUUCAGUUAAUGAUUGUAACUUGCUUCAAAGUUUCAUUGUAAAGGUGUCAUGGUACACUAAUCUCAAUAUUUUGUUGAACAACAACAGCAUAAUAUGAUCAAUGUUUUUUGUCAUUUAUAUGCAGGAUGUUUUACUGUUUACAAAUGAAAUGAUAUCAGUAAUUUUAUAUUUUGUUACAGAGAGUAAUAUUAUUAAAUCUGCCAUGAUGAAAUUAGGUGGAUUUCUUCAUCUCAUGAAAUUCAUUUUGUAGAUUCACAUUGUAUUAAAACUGCCUUACCCCUUUGUUAGAUAAAAUUUGUGGAUUUGAGUUGUGAAUAUAUUUAUUGUUAUUUUAUGUUGUAAAUAUUACAGAAUUGUUUGCUUUGUUGUUGCAUGAAGUGCUGUUAGUUCAUUUGUUGAGAAGAUAUUUGAGUCAUGAUCAAGAACACUGCAAUUUAAAGCCUACCAGUAUAUUCAAAGUUUUGUAAAAACACUAAGAAUGGAGAAUGAAAGCUGUCGAGAAUGGUAUUUAGUAGUUUGUGAUAGUGAUAAGUUCCUUCAAGCUUGAUUCCAUGGUGCUGUUUUCUUUAUGGAUACUGCAUAGCUAGAAGAGAAGGAUAUACUGCCAGGAAGCAUGCGUACUUGUACACCAGCUGACAUAGCUGACAGUCAGUAGCAUGUAGUGGUUCCUUGGAGUGGCUGGUUCUGUGGUGGCUGAGGUCUCUGGAGAUGGUGCUGACUUGCCUAGUCUUUCUUAGCCGUUUUGUUUUGCAAGCCUGCUUAUGCUUAGAUUUGUUUGAUUCCCCCCACAUGGGUACAAUGUGGGAAGCCCAUUUCUGGUGAAUAUUGCAAAAAGGGCCAUAAAACUAAACUCAUUCAAUAUGCUUAGAUUUCCAGCAAUGUACUCAAAUUUGUCAGCCAAGUAGUAGCUUAACUCUACAAGCUUCUGUGAUUGGAUGUUUACCAGACUUCAUGACACCUUUGGCCAUGUAGAAUCCUUGACAUCCUUGGUUUGUUUUUGUAUUAUGUUUGCAAUAUUUGUUUUCAUUGACAUGAAUAACAGAGGAUAAACACAUAUUGAUUUCUAGUUUGGAAAAGUAAUUUGUUAGCUCUUAAAUUAAUGAUACAGAAUGGUAUGUAAGGAUUUGAGAAGAAAUGGAGCAGUGGAUUCAGAGGACUUUGAUGAAGCUAGGCAGCAUAUUAAAUAUUUCAUUCUGUUAAUUGUACCAGUGUAUAAAUGCUCUAAGGAUAUUUGUACAACGUAUGAAUUACUGGGAAAUUUGUGUCUGUAUAAGUCCAUCUUACGAUGUAAAUAUAUAGGCAGGUCUUUCUUGUAACCUUGAUGGCAACCAGAUAUGUGAAACAAAAGAAUUGCGCCUGAUCCAUAUGCCGGCUCCGGGGUAUUAAGAAAUGUGAGCAUGUUUACCUUUCCUCAAAUGAUAUGCAGAAAUGAAUUGUAAAAAUGUCCACUCAAAAUAAAUUGAUAUAUCAA